GUCUGCGAAGAGGAAGCGUCCUACACACAGCUCGGCGGUGUUCCAUGCGGUAAUCUCAGCAAUGCUCCGGGGCCGUGAGAGCUUGAUUCGGCUUGUUGGGAAGCGGCAGCGCAAUGUGUCACUCCCGGCUCGGGUGAGUGAUCGAGCUUCUAUUUCUUUGCAAGAAGAGUUGGAGUGCGGUGAUGUUUCGCUGGAAAUAAAAGGAGGCCUGAGCUUAGCUUGUUGUGACUGGGUGGAAUGCCCUGUGUGUGGGAAGCAAAUACGCGGGAAUGAACUUCUCGUCAACUGCCAUCUUGAUACUUGCCUGCAACGUGGGAAGAAAAAGAAGAACAGUGUCCAGCAUACACUCUUUCACUUCAACUUGUCGAAAAAGGUAGAGUACGAGGAAAGCGGAAACUGCGUACUAGAAAUCCAGCAGUCUCCUCCGCUCGAGACUGGGGUCGACUGUAACACGGCGGCAGGGUCUCCGGAACCGGAAGUUUCUUCUACUCUUGAAUGCUUUGAGGAGCCCGACGUGGCCAACAGCGUCCUUCCGGCAGAGCUCAACAGUGAAACUAGAGAUCUUUACAAUGGCUGCCUGGAGGCAAGGAUUGCUGGCCGCAAGUACCACAGAGACGUCGAGUGCCAAGCUGGGAUGCGAGUUCACCUGGUAAGGGAACCAGAAAAUCCCAUGGAUACAUACGCUGUGAAGGUGCUUACAGCGGAUGGGCUUUCGCUGGGACAUAUUCCAAAAGAGCUUUCGCGUUAUUUGUCUCCUCUCAUGGAAAAAGGCGUGGUAGACGUUCAGGGAUAUGUCUCCAAGAGUACAUCGGAAGCUGCACGCCUCAAGCUUGAUUUGCGUGAGAUCCAGAGUCGGACUAUUGGAAGUCUCUCAGAAGAAAAAGUGCUGGCUGUCAAAUGGAGCCGUCUGAUGGAUGCAGCUGACAAGGGACAAGACCACGGCUGUCGAUACCAACAGAAUUUUCUCUACAUGCUCCAAGUGGUAUUGGAACGGGAUCUCCAUCUCUUUACUUCAGACGAGAUCGAACUUCUCGAGGCAUUUCGUUCAAUCUCGUCUGAUGGACAGCGCCUUUUUGUAAGAUUGGCUCAACGAAAGGGGCCAUGGUUCCGUCUUCAGAACAUUUUCUAUGAAGAUAUUGGUGACACAAACUCUGCAGUCCAUGAGUUAGUCGAGGGACGCUACUUAGUUUUCGACGCGGACGUCAAUUCGUCUGAGUUGCUUGAACAUCUGACUGUACAAGAGCUCAAAGAUUUGGCAGUGAACAGCAAAAUCAUGAUCAAAAGUGCUACGCUAAGUUUGAAAAAGAUUCAGCUUAUUACAGCAAUUCGAGAUGCAUUGAUUUCGCUGCAUUUUAAUCUAACGGCUUUAAUUCGUGAAGCAACCGGCCCAUGCAUUCGAAUAGCCGAAACAGUUGAAGUUCUACUUUGGCGUUUACAGAGGCUGUUCUUUCUAAACGGUGAGCAGGAGUUCCAUGUUUUUCUUCUUGUGGAUAUUGGAAGGAUCAAGUAUCCAAGCUAUAGGUGCGCUAGAACAAUGCCAGUCUUUGCUUCUCGAGAGGACUUUCUGGCGUAUGAGCAGGCAUUGCAAUUGGCUCAGGUGGUUGACAUGUCUCUGGAAGCUGGUAAUUCUGAGGCUGUAAACUCCUCUUUUCGAAAAGCAAGGACUACUCUCGAAUUGAUCAAUGCACACACCGAGAUCAAGCAUCCAUUUUUAGCACGAUUUUCGGCUGCAUGGGUGUAUGCAACAAUCUGUACUGUGGCUGCAUCGUUUCUGGAGAAAGAACGCAGAUAUGCUGAAGCUAUAAACCUCUUCAAGCAGCUCCUUAGCAUGCAGUAUUGUCCUGGACGGAGAGGAUACUGGACUCUCCGGCUAUCUAUUGACUUGGAGCACUUACAGCGUUUAGAAGAGAGCCUGCUCGUUGCAGAAAACGGAUUAAAUGAUUUCAGCGUCCGAGGAGGGGAUCGUAUUGCUUUGCAACGGAGGGUUCUCCGACUAGGAAAACCUCCUAGAAGGUGGAAAGUACCUCCAUAUGCAGCGCUUUUAAAGAAAAAACAAAAGGUGGUGACGAUUAUGGGAAGGCCGCUAAACAAUGCCAAUGGAAUGAAGAGCAGAUUUUAUGGCUACGAUGGGCAACAAUGCAGUGUGGAGGACCUGGCACUUCAAUACUAUGCCGGAGAAGAUGGAGGCGGCUGGAAAGGAGUCCAUUCAGAAAGUGGCAUAUGGCUGACAUUGUUCGGGCUGCUCAUGUGGGAUGUUAUCUUUUCAGACGUUCCAGAUGUCUUCCAGACACCUUUUCAGACUGCACCAUUGGACUUGUGCACGGAUUCAUUCUAUCCAGUCCGAAGCUCGCUUAUUGAAUCUCGUCUUCAAGCCAUACGCGAUGGCGGAGCUAGGCAACUCGUGGCUGAGACUUGGGCAGAGCACUACGGGACAUCAUGUAGCGGGGUAAACUGGGAGAAGUACUCGCUUGAAGACCUUCAAACAAUAACGGUCUGUAUCGGAGGUCCAGGAUUGUCGGCGAUUUGCAAGCUUCUUGCAGAAGACCACAGUAACUGGACGGCUGGAAUGCCUGAUCUUCUGCUGUGGAAGGAGAAAGAGGCAAAGCUGGCGGAAGUCAAGGGUCCAGGGGAUCGCUUGUCCGAGCAACAGGUGGCCUGGUUUCUUAUUCUCUCGGACGCUAAUGUUCCAGUGGAACUUUGCAAGGUCUCCAAGACGAUGAAUGAUCGAUCCUAGAUCGGCUACUCCGAGUAGUGCCGGGGCCGAGACGGCUGCGCAGGCCUCUGCAACUUGCUCCGCCUUGCUUGAAGUCAUAAGAACC